UGGAAGCGGGUUUAUGAAUAUUAUCGUUUUUAGCGUGGCGUAUUGUUGGCACUAAAACACAGCUUUAUCGUUGUUUAUUCUAUUAAUUUAGAUAUAUACUCUUUGGGGAGUGUUAUCUGUUCGAGAUCGUUGGUUGACUUUGUUAUGACUUGUUGUUUUCCGCCCAGGCAGCCGCCAUGUUGUUCCGACCUAAGUCGAUUGCAAUGCUUGAGUUAGAAAUGACUAGGCCCCUAGUAUUAAUAAUACUAAGCUGUAAUAUAGACGAUAGGUGAUAUUGCAAUACAAACACUAAAACCUAAAAGUGGGCGAAAUACACGAGGUCCAGAAGUAAGCUUAAAAUGCUUCACGUUACGUUGAUCUAACACACGUAAUGUCUAAUGACCCUCAAUCCUUGCGUUACCGGUUACGUCAGGUCGGUGGGUGUACAAAAUGCCGACACCUAUUCGGCUACGUGAUCUGAUCCGUCAAAUUCGUGCGGCUCGCACAGCCGCCGAUGAGCGUUCAGUCGUACAGAAGGAAUGUGCGUAUAUACGAACUACCUUCAGGGAGGAGGACAACACCUUUCGAUGUCGAAACGUGGCAAAACUAUUGUAUAUACACAUGCUGGGCUACCCUGCACAUUUUGGGCAGCUGGAGUGUCUGAAGUUGAUCGCGUCACCGCGCUUCACAGACAAGCGCAUCGGCUACCUCGGCGCGAUGCUGCUGCUGGAUGAGCGCACUGACGUACACCUGCUCAUCACCAAUUCCCUGAAGAAUGAUAUGAACCAUCAGACACAGUUUGUCGUCGGGCUGGCGCUGUGCACUCUGGGAAGCAUCUGUUCGCCGGAGAUGAGUCGAGACCUUGCUGGGGAGGUGGAGAAGUUGCUCAAGUCAUCCAACGCAUACAUCAAGAAAAAGGCGGCUCUCUGCGCGUUCCACAUCAUCCGGAAAGUUCCCGAUCUCAUGGAAAUCUUCAUUCCUGCCACAAGGUCCCUGCUGACUGAGAAAAACCACGGUGUGCUAAUGACUGCAGUGGUUCUCAUAACAAUCAUGUGUGAAUUGAGUCCAGACACCCUGGCUCACUUCAAAAAGUUGGUUCCGAACUUGGUGCGAAUCCUGAAGAAUCUGAUCAUGGCGGGAUACUCGCCGGAGCAUGAUGUGUCGGGAGUCAGCGACCCUUUUCUGCAGGUGAAAAUUCUGAGGCUGCUGAGGAUUUUGGGUAAAAAUGAUAGUGAAGCCAGUGAAUCGAUGAAUGACAUCCUUGCGCAGGUUGCUACAAAUACAGAGACUAGUAAAAACGUUGGCAAUGCCAUUUUGUAUGAGACAGUACUCACAAUCAUGGACAUCAAGUCGGAGAGUGGUCUGAGGGUGCUUGCAGUGAACAUCCUUGGGCGGUUCCUGCUGAACACUGACAAGAACAUCCGCUAUGUGGCACUGAACACGCUGCUGCGUACGGUUCACGCGGAUACACAGGCUGUUCAGCGGCAUCGAAGCACGAUCGUCGAGUGUCUGAAAGAUCCAGACGUCUCCAUCAGAAGGCGUGCCAUGGAGUUGUGCUUUGUUCUCAUCAACACGAACAACGUGAGAACAAUGAUGAAGGAACUUUUGGCAUUUCUCGAGAAGACUGAUCCAGAGUUUAAACCGAUCUGUGCUUCGAAGAUGUUUAGCGCAGCGGAGAGAUAUGCUCCAGGGAGAAAGUGGCACAUGGAUACCAUGAUGAAAGUGCUAACAACUGCUGGGAACUACGUACAGAGCGAUGUCGUUUCCAACCUUGUGCAUCUUAUCCCUUCUUCCAACGAGCUGCACGCCUACAUGGUGAAACAGCUGUUCCGUGCCAUCUCUGAAGACAUCUCCCAGCAACCGCUCGUUCAGGUCGCAGCUUGGACGAUAGGAGAGUACGGAGACCUUCUCCUGCAACCAGAUGCUGAAGCAGAUGAUCCUCUAAAGGUAUCAGAAGAUGAAGUAGUCAACGUGUUGGAGCGAGUCCUUGCGAGUAACCUGUCAGAUAUUGUCACCAAGGAGUAUGCCAUUAAUGCGCUGAUGAAGCUCAGCACACGCUUCCCGAAUUCCGAGCCGCGAGUUAAGAGCGUCGUGUCGAUAUAUGGGAGCCACGUGAACAUGGAGCUGCAGCAGCGGGCCGUCGAGUACCAUGCGCUGUUCGGGAGAUACGACACAAUGAGGGCUGGAGUGCUGGAGCGCAUGCCACUCUGCGAUAUUAAGAAGAACAUGAGCUCUGCAAGUUUACACAACGGUGUCUCGAACGGAUCAGAUGAGGACCUGAUGCCCGAUGACAUGCCUGUUAGCAAGGCAAAGCCAGCUCAACAGCAACAGCAGCAGCAGGAGCAGUCUAGUUCAGGGCUGUUGGACAUCCUAGGUGGCCUAUCAGCACCAGCACCCCAGCCCAGCAGACCUCCGGAAAAUAACCUCCUAGAUCUGCUCGACCUAGGCUUACCUACAGACACUAGCACCAUGCCAACGUCAUUAGGCACGCAGCCACCUAUAGCACCUGCGCCAGUAAAUAACGUCCUGGAUAGUCUUUUUACAUCACAGCCCAUCAUUGCUCCAGCUCUUCUAAAGUCAGACAUACCAUUAAUCACCGUAUUCGAGAAGAAUGGCUUGAAAGUUGACUUCAGCUUUGAGCGGAAUGGUGACCAGUUAACCAUAUCUCUAGCUGCUAACAACUCUUCAUCACAGUCGAUGGACAACUUUAUGUUCCAGGCUGCCGUUCCAAAGACAUUCCAGCUUCAGAUGAUGUCACCUUCAGGGAGUACGAUUCCACCUAACAGUUCGGGACAGAUCACUCAAAUUAUGAGAAUCAACAACCCUACAAAGCAACUCCUGCGCAUGCGCCUCAGAUUGAACUACAGCCAUGGAGGCGUCGAGAUAAAUGAACAAAGCGAGGUUAACAACUUUCCGACCAGUGUGUGGCAGUAACGACACCUGCUGGCUUCCGAAGAGCAACUUCCGGUGUGAGAAAUGCAUUAAUUUGUCUUUACUAUUACAUCCUGUCAGCGCGAGAGGUUGAUCGCACAUUGUGGGUGUGCAGCCUGCAUGACGCGUCCUCAGCUGACCCUACGUUGUGUCCCAUUGAGGUUUUACGUACUUGACGACCUGUUGUUACGAGACACUAUACAGUCGCAUGUUGAUAAAUGGUGUUGCAAGUUGGUGAUUGAAUGGUUGUUCACUGGCAGGUGGUGGCAUGGCGGACAUAACGUCUGCAUCACGGAGGCCGUCGCCGCUCUUGAGUGGAGGCCGAUUUGUUUCUUUCCCAUGCAGAAGACGCUGUCAAAAUGUCAUGUACAUACUGGGCAAUGGCAGCAUGUGUAUCAUAGUAAUUUCUGCUUGGGGGAUAUUAAGCCAGUCACCUGGCUUGUCAUGGACAUGUCAUGUCAUGUCAUAAUCCAAUCACGGCUCUAAUUGAAGUGCAAAAAAUUUCAAAGUGUUCCCAUGAAUAGCAGUCAUUGCUUUCACUCAUUGGUUACUGUCAGUAUGUUUUUAGCUGGUGCCUGUGUAAAUACGUAGCAAAAAACUACGUAAAAGCCUACACGUGUUAUAGCGCCAUUAAAAAUACGUUAGAAUAGUACUUCAAAACAAAUCAACUAUCACAGACCAACAAAAAGCAAAGAAAAAAUAAUUGGUAAUAACCUUACUGAUAAGAGGCCUGCAGUAGUAUGAAGAAGUAUUAAAUGAGCAUACCUCGGACAGUGAUAUUUAGUUUCACCAUGCUAUAGUCUUGUUUAGAAAAUGUUCAUAAUGCCAGGACACAUCUUUAGAUAAUAAAUCAACCUUGAGCAAGCUAUCUGAAUAUUCAUAGGUAUAUAAAAAGUUGUAUAAAAUGGCAAGGUUGGUGUGAUGUGAGUUCACCCUGAACACCAUGAUAUAUAUUUAAACAUGCAAAAUUGCACGCUUACGUGAGAUAAUUAUGCUCGAAAUCGAAUGUUUACGAUGACUCCACCCUCUGCAAGUGAUUAGAAUCACUUUGGCCGUAAGUGCCAACGAGCGACUCGCUCGCAAUAUCCGUCAUUCUCGUUAGGAGCUUGGUAGGCAGCUGCUCAUCUAUUCCUAGAUCCGUUGCAACCGGCGUGUCACUAUAUGCUCUGGUGAGAUGCACCGGUCGUCUCAAGGGAAAGGUGGCAUACCGCUGUCAUAAUGUCUUGUUUUCGCUGCUCCAUUAUUUACAUUUAGGGGAUUGUAUAGCGAUAUUUUAGGCGUUGCACAGUUCUGGUUUGAAGAGGUGUGGUAUAAAAAAGGCCGUAUAUUUUUGGAGGCCUCUAAUUGGCAAGCUGCAUACGUAUAUGUAAAGAAAUGAGAGUAUGGCGGUUGUCCAGAUUUCGUAGUACACUGACAUUUGUAUUAUAUAUGAAGUAACUUGUGUUGAAUUUUUGUCUUUAUAUAAUCUAAAAAUUUGAACAUGCAUGUAUAUAUUGAUUGACAAUAAUUUCGUGACUAGACGUAGUCGCGACACUGCCCAUGGGCAGAGUGUGUCAGCUGUGGCUAAUCCUAAUAUCAUUUGCACCAGUGUAGUCACGCCUGUAUGGCUGCACAUUGCAAAACGAGUUAGUUUCAAUGAGUAAAAUAGACACCAGUUUGCUUAUUGCAGUUAAUAUCAGUAAUGAUGUGCUUGUCUGUGGAUCUAUGAACUCUUGCUUCCAAUUUUCCUUGAAUAUGAAAUCAUGUGGAUGUGUGUUGACGAUGUGAAUGUUCAAUAGGUGUGUACCCUGCUAUACCUGUGUGUGAUAAGAGCACUUGUUUCUCAUUGUUGGCGCUGUGGAGUGUCAGUGAAAUAUCUUAUUAACUGUUUAAAAUAAAUAGCAGCUAUGCUUUUAUUCGACU